AUGAAGCUGAUUGUGACAGUCGUCCUAUGUACCAUGGUGAUAAUUCUGCAGCAAACUGCAGCCCAAGACUAUUGCAGUGCCCCAGAAUGUAGUUCUGGAGCCAACCUAGACCCGUACGCCUGCAACUGUGUCAACUUCACCAAGUCUACUUGCCCCAAUGACACUUCGGAGAUUGUGGAUUCCUACGGUCGUUGCUCCUGCCAGGCUGCUGUCCACCCAGAGUGCGAUGCAGGCUACACGCUCAAUCCUGAUGCCUGCAUAUGCAAGAUCAGGGUUCCCCCGACCUGUCCAAAUGGGACCUACCUCACUCCGCGGAAUGCGCAGUGCAUCGGGAUCGACGAGCCAACUUGUCCCGAAGGCUUCAGCAAAGUUGGGUGUAAGUGCAUAAAGGAGGUUGGUCGCCAGUGCCAAAACGGGGAGCUGGCCGCAAAUGAUUGCAAGUGUAAAAAUGUGUAUCCACCGAGGUGCUCGGGGCGUGGCUGUUCUCUGAACAACACCAACGGAGAGUGUACUUGCGAAAGAGACGACCCACAUCAAAUCCAGUGUUACUACUCCAGAAGGUGUGGCGGCCAAACCUAUUAUGUCUCUGACAUAGCCGAAUGUUGCUACCGCUGGCCCGAAGACUAUGAUGGGGAUGACAGCCAGAGUCCCCCGCAUACCCGGCAGUACCUGAAAUAUUAUUACUCCUACCGCAGCCAAUAUGACCGGUGCUACCCUUGUGCUUACUACCACUACUACCGUGGAUAAUCGAGAGGAAAACUAUUUUGGACUAAAAAUACGGACUGGACUCAGAGCUAUGAACUUUAUACAGCGCAUGAUAUAUUAUACACAUGAUUAGCUACUAUGAACUUUGAUGCAUUAUUGUACAUAAAGUUUUGAAGCAGACAACAGGAAAAGAUGGCUAAACUUAGAUAAAAAGUUGCUCAUCAUUGUAGAAUACUCCUAUUAAUUGAGCUAUAUAGAAACACUGAAUAUUUGCUGGAAAAGCAUAAGGGGACGGAAAAUACAACAGAGAUUGAAACCUUUCUUGAGUUUGCAGAGUUCUUGAUUUUCUCAAUAACUCUUAUUGGGAGAAAUAAGAAUCUAAAUACGUAUUGGACUUUGAACACAUCAUGUAU